GUCACUACAUUUCCCACAAUGCAUCACGUCUUACGACGUCAUUAAUCCGCGCAAAGCUGAGUUGGCUUUUGAAAGGAGGUCGUUUGCAAAGAAGCUCCGUCCGAAAGUUUUCCACCAUGACGAAACUGAUGCAGUGGUUGUUCGGCGUGUCGCUGCUAGGUGCAGCUUGGGCUUUGGUCACUUUCGACCUGUUGAACCUGAGUCUCCCGCGGACGUACCGAGAGGUCGCCUGGCCGAUGCCCGUCUACCUGCUGGUGGCGUUUGGCUGCUACUCCCUGGCCACGGUGGGGUACCGUGUGGCCACCUUCAAUGACUGUGAAGAAGCAGCCAAAGAACUCCAGGAUCAGAUCAAAGAAGCUAAAGAAGACUUAAGAAAAAAGGGCUUGAAGCUGUAGGACAUUUAAGGAACCAGAAACUUUAAGACUGUAGAAAAUGACUGAACAGUUUCAUUCAUAGUUCAGUGUACUCUUUUGGAUUUCUUAAACCUGUUGCUUCUGAGUGAAACUGAACAUAAAUUACAAUUACACUACCCAACAAGUUACAGCUGUCUUUUCAGUGAGGUAUAAUGUUUCAGAAAAGGUGCACUAAAUGGCUAAAUAUGUAUUUCUGUGAGAUACAGAUACCUGAAAACKUUUUGGUUGUGCUGCGUUCUUCAGGUGCUUUUAAUCUGCAGGUUUCGAAGUAGACAUUCUGUGUGUGUCUGGAGACAUAAGUCCUGUCAGUGCAGAUGGAUUUAGAUUUUAUCUGUAAAGAAGUUUACAUUCCUUUGUUCAGUGUCCUUUGAGGUAUUGCAGAAAAUUAAUUAAAAUAGGAAUUUAUUUUCUAAA